UCUCAAUGGGCUGCAAAAUUACGACUCACCGUACUACACCGAUAAAGAUUUACCCUCCCUUACCCGAAGAUCAGUCAACUAUCGUCUAUCAUUGUGCAAGUCCUAACCUGCAGUUACGUCUGAUACGUUGUCUCGUCAAUUCAAUCGCCUCAUUCUCCUUGUUCAUUCUGAUCUGAACGGAUCAAUAAGUGUGUCGUGCGAGUACUUGGCGAUAACGUUUAAGCAUUUUGAAAGUUGAUCGUUUUUUUGACAAAAAGUGAGAAUAUUUUAAUUAAAUUACCUGUACAACUUUGGUGUACGAUUACCGGUCCAACGUUCGCGUUUUGGGUGCUUGUGCUGUUGUGGGUAUAAAUUCCAAUUUCGAAGAAUGGCUCGUGCAAUGAGGAAAGAUUGUUGCGGAAAAACUUUACUGAUUGUUGUUUAUGUCUUGCUGUACGUUAAUUUGAUCGUUGAUUUAUUGGAGUCGUGGCUUAGUACAACUUCGAAAAAUGACCCGAUUUACUCUUAUCUCUUAGGAUAUUCCAUGGCUUCCAAUAUUUACGUAGUCGUAGCACGCAUGUCGAUUCGAGUGGUACAAAUUUUGGUAUUCUUUGCUGCUACUAUAACGAUCAUUAAGAGAAAACCUUCCAGUCCCUUAUUAUACAUUUGCGCGGUAUUUGUACUCCUGGAAAUGUUCUACUACAUUUAUGCGUUGAUUUCGUUGAACUGUGAAAAUAUUACCAGCUUUGAGCAGUUUUCUCGUAUCCGAGCAAUCGAAGACAAGAAGAAAUCCCCAGAUAGCAAUCACGAGUUACACAAAGAGAAAUCCUCAGAUAGCCUCGACGAGUUUAUUCGUAAUUUGACAAUCCAAAACAAGCAGGAAUUAGAUAGCUGGAAAAAGUUUAUUCCUAAUGCGGUCAUCCAAGACAAGGAGGAAUCCUCAGAUAGCAAUAAUCACGAGUUUUACAAACAGAGAUCCUCAGAUAUCCUCGAGAAGUUUUCUCAUCGUAAUUUUACAAUCCGAAACAAUAAGGAGAAAUUAUCAAAUAGAUGGAAAAAGCUUUUGCUUAAAGCCAAAGCGGCCAUUGAAGACGAAGAGGAAUCCUCAGAAAACAAUGACCAGUUUUACGACGAAGAAGAAACCUCAGAUAGCCUUGAGGAAUUUGAUCGUAAUUCGACAAUCCAAAACGAGGAGGAAUUAUCAGAUAACUGGAAGAAGCGUAUUUUUAAUUCGGUCAUCGAAGACGAUGAGGAGGAAUCCCCAGAUAGCAAUGACGAGUAUUACGAUGAAGAAGAAACGGAAACCUCAAAUGGUUUAGAGGACUUUCUUCGUAUUUUGGCAAUCAACAAGGAGGUCUUAGAUAGCGUGAACAAGGUUUUUCGUAAGACGGUCAUCGAAGUUCAGCACUCAGAAUACUCGAGUACGACGACAGCAAAACCGGAGCAUGAGUUUCAGAAAAUUCGUAUCGAGUAUUCGAAUACUCUGUACGGUUUGGACUUGGUAUUCGCAUUGAUUCUGAUUCUCAAAGCUUUCUCAGUGAUAGUGAUUUAUAUCUGCAUCGUCGAAUUGAAACAAAGAGAAGUCCAUCCAUCUACCGUCAAUGCUGCCCAGUUUAUCCAACCUCAAGCUCAUCUCUACCCCUAUCCCGAAGCUGUACGGUCUACUCAUCUUCAUUCCAAUUCCCAACCAUAUUCUCAAUAUCCUGUUCAGCCUUGUGUGAGUGGAGUUGGGUCCAAUUGAUUCAUUAGGUAUGAGGUUACGAAAAAUUGUCAAGCUUUGUAGAGAUUGCAGUCGAAUCUGUUACGAAUGUGAUUUUUAUUGAUUUGUUCUUAAUUUCGUAUAUUAUGCAGAAGAUUUUCUAUUUUGUUUUGUUUUGAUUUGUUAUUUUUUAAAAUAUUUUUUUUUGAGUAUUCACUUAAUGCAUGUAAUCUUAUUAAAUUGUUUCACUGCAAUUUUCUGUAGGUACCUAUUCGUUUUUCAAUACUGUACCUAGUUUUAUUGUCAAGAAAUUAGAAGUCAUUUUGAGGAGAUUGGAGUUGAAUCUCAUGUGUUUUUUUUUUAAUUCGAUUUUAUCAACUCGUAUAAGCAAUUUUCAUUUUUUUUUUCGAUUUCGUUCGUCAAUCCAUAUGCAUAUCAAAGGUACUUAAUAAUUUUAGUUGACUUUUUUCAAUAAUUUUAUUUGUUUUGUGAGUUGAUUGUAAGUACGUAUACUUCCUUUCAUUGUUUAGAGAGUCGAGUUAGAGCAUAUUAUUACAAUAUUUUAUAAUUUUUAUAAUCUUAAUAUAGGUACUUGUAAAUUUA